CCGGGCUACGCGACCGCGAGCGCUGUCAAACUCAGCACCAGCAGACACAUUCACACACACGCCGCAAGCAUCCGUCGCGUGCACAGCCUCGCGCACAGCCUCGUGCUGUAGUGUAGGGGGAUCCACGCGAGUCGGCGAAGCGGGCGACCAUCAAAGCAAUGGACAGGUCCUCAGUGCGCAGCUUUCUGUUCCUCUGCCUCGUACGCAUUUCCAGCUCCUUCCCUGGAACCCCGUUCAUUGUAGUGCAGGUGGGCAGAAUGGCCACCCUGCCCUGUAACUGGACAUGUGCUGGAGACGCGGCCCUUCGGUCCCCCCUCUCCCCUGGGCCGCACCUCCAGUGGCAAACGCCCCAGGAGACGGUCCUGGAGCUGAAAGGGAGCCAGCUGUACCAGGGGACCGGGUACGAGGGCAGGGCCAACGUUCCCCGGGAGAGGAUCCCCGAGGGGGACUGCUCCCUGCACCUCAUGGAGGUGAGGUAUACGGACGACGGCCUGUACGAGAGCUUCAUCAUCGUCGGACAAAGCAGGCGGAAGAGAAGGAAUUUCCUGCAAAGUGUUCAGCUCAGGGUCACAGAUCACAAGUCAAGUCAGACGCUGAGGGCCGGAGAUGACUUCGUCUUGAACCUGCACACGUCUCAGGCCGCUACCGUGAUCUUCCAGGGGACCAAGGACACGGAGGGAACCGUAAAGUGGAAGCAGGAUGGUGAGACGAGCAGCCAGGUGCUCGUGGAGAAGGGCGACGGAGUGCUCGUCUUCCGGAACCUAAAACUCAGCGACUCCGGGGUCUACAAAGUGCUGGACCCUGACGGACUGGCCAUCAGCACCACACUUCUUACUGUGGAAGAGGCCUUCAAAGAAGCCAUCAUCAAGGAUGAGACCUUUGCAGCACGAGGUGCUGAAAGGGAGGCGCAUUCAGGAGGCAACAGCAUGAGCGGCUUUUUCACCACCGUUGUGGUCUCUCUGCUCUGCUCAGCUUCAAUGCAUUUUGCGUUGUAGAAACUUUGCUUUCAGAAAUUUGAGAAACUGAGUAUCACUUUAUGUUCAUUUGUAUGAAAUGUUGUAACUUACACCAUACCUCUACCUCUGGUUUUGCACUUAACUCUUCAUCACAGGAAGAUAUAUUUACUAAAUAAGUUCUACAUAUUUAAUGUACCUUCAGUGGUACCUCUGUCUUCAUGCAUCAAUGUGACAUUGUCAUUUUUGCGGUUCUUAUGUGGCCACAAUUUGUCAAAAUAUUUUUGUA